AACGACAGGGUGACAGCAUUGCGGCGGCGGCGGCGACGACGACGACGACGUAACCACCACGGCCAGUGUACCGUUACUCGCUCGCAAGUUACACAAUUCACACAGUAACCCCGUGGCCUACCAUACCGCAAACGUUGUUCCCGUCCGCGUACGUUUUUUUACCCGUCGUCGGCGCUAACGGGCACGAUCGCCCGCCGUUACGUGUUCGGCCUUUUCGGGAAACAUCGCGUAUUCUCGCGCUGCCAUGAGCCCGUCACGACCAGAGAGCCACCGCCGUGCUUGUCGCGUCCGUCCGUCUUGGCGCCCGUGAACCGAGCGAUGUUCGAUUUAGAUAUUGGCAAAAUGGGCGAUCAUGUACAGAAAUAUGUCAACGACAAUGACAUGAACCUCAAGAAUUCGUUUUGGAAAAAGAACAUAAGAAAUCUUCCUGGAAGGGCGAGUCCUAAGAAAGAAAGCAAAUCUGUUUCUUCUUCAGCUUCGACUUCAUUUGAUGAUUUCCAAGAAAGUGUUAGUGAUGCAUGGGAAAUCGAAGCCGAGGAUGAAAUUCUACGUAUAUCAGACGUGAAAAUUUCAAAGCGUGUGGCCCAUUCUGCUGCUGUCAAUGUAAUUAAUAAUCAUAAGGCUUCGAUUGAGGAAAUUCAUAAAUCAAAAAACUACUCAAACUCUGAUCGAGAAUCUAGUUCACAAACUAAUAAAGAAUCUCGACACACAGAAAAUAGAAUAAAUUUUUCCAAUUCUGAAGUUGAUGCUAACAAACUAACAAAAUUCCAAGUGUUACUUGAAAGUAACUUAUUACAGUUAGAAGAUUUGAAGAAACUUAGCUGGUCUGGUGUACCCGUAGAAGUACGCCCAAUGACGUGGAGAUUAUUAGCAGGUUAUUUGCCAACUAGCGCUGAACGCAGACAACAAGCUCUUGAUCGAAAGCGUAUUGACUAUGCAAAUCUUGUCAAACAAUAUUAUGAUACAGAUAAAGAUGAAGUGUAUAAAGACACUUAUAGACAGAUUCAUAUUGAUAUUCCACGUAUGAGUACUCCUCUUUUCCAACAAACAACUGUGCAAGAAAUGUUUGAAAGAAUCUUAUUCAUCUGGGCGAUCAGACAUCCUGCGUCUGGUUAUGUUCAAGGCAUGAAUGAUUUAGUUACACCUUUUUAUGUUGUCUUUUUACAGGAAUAUCUCCCUAUAGGUACAAAUAUUGAAACACUUGAUGUAAGCUCAAUAUCAAAGAAAAAUCGAGACUCUUUAGAAGCUGAUUCAUUUUGGUGUUUGUCUAAGUUUUUAGAUGGUAUUCAAGACAAUUAUAUUUUUGCCCAGCUUGGAAUUCAGUAUAAAGUUAAUCAGUUAAAAGAACUUAUUCAAAGGAUCGAUGGUACAUUACAUGGACAUUUAAUGAAACACGGAAUCGACUACUUACAAUUUUCAUUUAGAUGGAUGAACAAUUUAUUAACAAGAGAAUUACCAUUGAGGUGUUCAAUAAGGUUAUGGGAUACAUACCUAGCAGAGUCUGAUUGUUUUGCUACUUUUCAGCUUUAUGUAUGUGCUGCAUUUUUGUUGCAUUGGCGACAAGAAUUACUAGAAGAAAAAGAUUUCCAGGGUCUUAUGAUAAUGUUACAAAAUUUGCAAACUCAAAAUUGGACAGACACUGAUAUCAGUUUAUUAGUGGCUGAAGCUUUUCGAUUGAAGUUUACAUUUGCAGAUGCUCCAAAUCAUUUGACUACAAAAAGGUGAUAAUUUUUCUGUUAUAUUGGUGCCUCAUCUUUAUAUAUAUUAUACAUAUACCGCAAACCGUAUUUAUUUUUUAUUAGUUAAGAUAAUUAUGAUUUAUUAUUAUUGAUUAUUCUGCCGUUUUCAUUGUUUAUUUUAAUUUUAAAUAAAUUGAAAUUCAUAAUUUAUACAUUUUACACUAUUAAGUUUACUGUAUAUAUUAUAUUGAUUAAUGUCUAAGUUAUUUAGUUUAUUUUUGUUUAAUAUUUGUAUUGUUAUUGUGCUCCCAAUACAGGGUGAAUUGAUGUUUAUUGUCAUUAGUGUGAAAAUUCUAUAUAUUUAUUUUUAUUAUUUCAAUUAUUUUAUUAAAA